AUGAAAAAAAUUAUGAUAAAAAUGUCUCCCGUGUGCGUUGUGCCGGAUUGCAAAAGUGGCUCUAACUGCCGCAAAAAGUAUUCAUUAUUUAAAACACCCAAAAAUCUGGAAUUAAGAAAGAAAUGGGAGAAGGCCAUUCCUGGAAUAACAGAACUAAAACAAUGGCAACUGAUAUGUGAAAAACAUUUUAUAGAUGAAUAUAUAAUAAAAAAGUUCGUUCAAAGAGAUUAUUGUGGGAACAUCAUUUCUGAGAUAAUGCGCCGACCUUAUUUACGAAAGGGCGCGGUUCCAACAAUUUUCAGUAAUUCAAAUGCAUCUUCAAUUAUUGAAGAAAAAGAACAUAAAUUACCUUCAAGUUCAAGUAUAAAUGCUCUUGAAGAAGAACUAUAUCCCAAAGUUAGUAAUGAAAUUGUAGUUAGUAUUAGCGAUACUGAUUUAAUGGAAAUCAGUAGCAAGGAUGAUUCAGAAAUGUUAGUUGAUGAAAAAUAUGUGAAUGAUGAAUUCACACACGAUAAGGACAACUUAAUCCUAAUUAUAAAUUCUAAUGAUGGACAUUUCAUAGAACAUAAUUAUGCAUUAAAUAAUUUUUCAAAAACGGUCGAUAAUGCUUGCACAGAUUCCCUCUUGUUAUCUGCCAAUUGUCACAAUAGAUCUUCUAUUGCAAACACAAAUGCCUUAACUGAUUCUUCGAAUGUUUCUAUAGAAUAUGCUAGUGAAGUUGCUAUCGAUAAUACUAAAACGAAAGUACCAAAAGGUUGGGGUGUUUCUGAGAAAGUUAAAAGAUUUACAAGAUAUUUAUUAUUUACACAUACGAUUACAGAAAUAAAAAAUAACGUUGACGUCCAAGUGCUAGAAAAAUACAUAAUUCUGAAUUGCUCUGAUGGAACAGCGCGUUACUUCAUACGCGAAAAGGAAAUUAAUAAUGAAAAUAUACCGCAGUUUAAUUUAAAAAUUAUUAAUACAAGAAUGUUAGUAGAUGCAAUGACAAAGUUUGAGAAAAUGCAUAUUUGCGAAGGACUGGGUUCGAUAGAUUCAAAUUUACUUCGACAAAAUGAUUCGUGAGAACAUAUUGAACCACUGGCGUCAUAGUAAAUGUAUUUUAUUAACAAAAUAUAAAAAAUGUGAUUAUUGUAAGAAAUUAAAAAGAAUAAUUAUGCAAAGACGUAUAGAUCAUUGAAAACAGGUAUUACGUAAUCUUCAUUGAAAUGGUUAAAUAAUUGGAAGUAAGGCGAUAUAGAUAACAAAAUAAAAGAUGAUGAAUUUUUAACUUGGACAUUUUUAACUUGCUCACAAUUUAUGACUUUCCCUUAAGUUUACAAUAAAUCUGUGCAUCUAAUUUAGAGAAAUUUGUCGAUAUUAUACGCCAAGCUGCCGGUUACGAUGAUCACCAUUGUUGUUUAUCAUAUUUUA